AUGGAGCUAGGGUUCUUCACUUGCCUCCCUAUGGCCAUCAAUGCUGCAAUAGAGCUUGAUGCAAUACAGAUCAUAGCCAAUGUAGGUGAUGGCCUUCAAGUUUUCCCUUCUCAGAUUGUGUCCCAAAUUCCAAAUGCAACAAUUACUCUAGAGAGGAUUCUGACAGUUCUAGCAAGUCAUUCCCUCGUUAGCUGUUCUGUAACCGCAAACAAGAAUGGAAAGCCUGAGAGGCUCUAUGGUCUGACAUUUGUCUGCAAAUACCUUCUGCAGAACAAGGAUGGCUUAUCCUUGGCACCACUGGCCUUGAUGAACCAGGACAAGGUGUUCAUAAACACUUGGCAUUAUCUUAAGGAUGAUAUUCUUGAAGGCAGCUAA